ACGCCCCCUCGGGCGCUCCGUAGCCGUGACGUGCGCGCUGCGGGGCCGGGGACACGGCGGGGCUCGGGCCGGCGGGCGGAGACCGAGCCGGGAUCUGUCCGAGCAGGAAGCGAGCAGGAGCCCGGCCGCCGCCCAGAGCUGCGUGGGGCCGCCUCGUCGCGCCCGGCCCUCGCCGCCUCGCACCCCGCCCUCCCGCGUCAUCGGCCACAGGCAACCCCGCCGCCGCGCACCUGCCUUCUGCGCCCGCGCGGGAGAUCGUGGAUAACUUACUUAAAAAAUGGAGGACGGAAAGCCUGUUUGGGCUCCACACCCUACAGAUGGAUUUCAGAUGGGCAAUAUUGUGGAUAUUGGCCCUGACAGCUUAACAAUUGAACCCUUGAACCAAAAAGGCAAGACAUUUUUGGCUCUCAUAAACCAAGUGUUCCCUGCCGAAGAGGAUAGUAAAAAAGAUGUGGAAGACAAUUGUUCAUUAAUGUAUUUAAAUGAAGCUACACUCCUUCAUAAUGUCAAAGUUCGAUACAGUAAAGACAGAAUUUAUACAUAUGUCGCCAACAUUUUAAUAGCGGUGAAUCCUUACUUUGACAUACCUAAAAUAUAUUCUUCAGAAACUAUAAAGUCCUAUCAAGGAAAGUCUCUUGGGACAAUGCCACCACAUGUCUUUGCAAUUGCUGACAAAGCUUUUCGAGACAUGAAGGUACUGAAGAUGAGUCAGUCGAUCAUUGUAUCUGGAGAGUCAGGAGCUGGCAAAACAGAAAAUACGAAAUUUGUUUUACGAUAUUUGACAGAAUCUUAUGGAACAGGCCAAGAUAUUGAUGAUAGAAUUGUUGAAGCUAAUCCACUUCUAGAAGCCUUUGGAAAUGCAAAGACUGUACGAAACAAUAAUAGCAGCCGAUUUGGAAAAUUUGUAGAAAUACAUUUCAAUGAAAAGAGUUCGGUUGUUGGAGGAUUUGUUUCUCAUUACCUUCUUGAGAAAUCAAGGAUCUGUGUUCAAGGCAAAGAGGAGAGAAAUUACCAUAUCUUUUAUAGAUUGUGUGCUGGUGCUUCUGAAGAUAUUAGGGAAAAACUUCACUUGAGCUCUCCAGAUAACUUUCGGUAUUUGAACCGAGGCUGCACUAGAUAUUUUGCUAACAAAGAAACUGACAAACAGAUUUUACAGAACCGGAAAAGUCCUGAGUAUGUUAAGUCAGGUUCCUUGAAAGAUCCUCUCUUAGAUGACCAUGGAGACUUUAUUAGAAUGUGCACAGCUAUGAAAAAGAUUGGUUUGGGAGAUGAAGAAAAACUUGAUCUAUUCCGUGUAGUGGCUGGUGUCCUGCACCUUGGAAAUAUUGAUUUUGAGGAAGCCGGCAGUACUUCAGGUGGUUGUAAUCUGAAGAAUAAAUCUGCUCAGUCAUUAGAAUAUUGUGCUGAAUUACUGGGUUUGGAUCAAGAUGAUCUUCGAGGAAGUUUGACUACCAGAGUCAUGCUCACAACAGCAGGGGGCACCAAAGGAACAGUCAUAAAGGUGCCCUUGAAGGUGGAACAAGCAAACAAUGCUCGUGAUGCCCUGGCAAAGACUGUUUAUAGCCAUCUUUUUGAUCAUGUGGUAAACAGAGUAAAUCAGUGUUUCCCAUUUGAAGCAUCAUCCUAUUUUAUUGGAGUUCUAGAUAUUGCUGGCUUUGAAUACUUUGAACAUAACAGUUUUGAGCAGUUUUGCAUCAACUAUUGCAAUGAAAAACUUCAACAAUUUUUUAAUGAAAGAAUUCUAAAGGAGGAACAAGAACUCUACCAAAAAGAAGGUCUAGGAGUGAAUGAAGUACAUUAUGUGGAUAAUCAGGACUGUAUAGAUUUGAUUGAAGCAAAAUUAGUGGGAAUAUUGGAUAUUUUGGAUGAAGAAAAUCGUCUUCCCCAGCCUAGUGAUCAACACUUUACAUCAGCAGUUCACCAGAAGCACAAAGACCAUUUCCGUCUCACUAUUCCUAGAAAAUCAAAGCUGGCAAUUCAUAGGAACAUCAGAGAUGAUGAAGGCUUCAUGAUCAGGCAUUUUGCAGGGGCAGUGUGCUAUGAAACAACCCAGUUUGUGGAGAAAAAUAAUGAUGCCUUACAUAUGUCUCUUGAAUCCUUAAUAUGUGAAUCCAGGGAUAAGUUUGUACGGGAAUUAUUUGAAUCGUCCACAAACAACAACAAAGAUACUAAACAAAAAGCAGGAAAACUUAGCUUCAUCAGUGUGGGAAACAAGUUUAAGACACAGCUAAAUUUACUUCUGGAUAAACUUCGAAGUACUGGAUCAAGCUUUAUUCGUUGCAUCAAGCCUAAUUUAAAGAUGACAAGUCACCACUUUGAAGGUGCUCAGAUUUUGUCUCAACUUCAGUGUUCAGGAAUGGUGUCUGUGUUGGACUUGAUGCAGGGUGGUUUCCCAUCACGAGCUUCAUUUCAUGAACUCUACAACAUGUACAAAAAGUAUAUGCCAGGCAAACUUGCAAGAUUAGAUCCAAGACUAUUUUGUAAGGCUCUGUUUAAAGCUUUGGGCUUAAAUGAAGUUGAUUACAAAUUUGGGUUAACAAAAGUAUUCUUUAGACCUGGUAAGUUUGCAGAAUUUGAUCAGAUUAUGAAGUCGGACCCUGAUCAUUUGGCAGAGUUGGUGAAGCGAGUCAACCACUGGCUGAUCUGCAGUCGCUGGAAGAAAGUCCAGUGGUGCUCACUGUCCGUCAUCAAAUUGAAAAACAAAAUAAAAUAUCGAGCGGAGGCCUGCAUUAUAAUGCAAAAAACUGUUCGAAUGUGGCUCUGCAAAAGGAGGCACAAACCUCGCAUUGAUGGCCUGAUUAAGGUGGGCACACUGAAAAAACGCCUGGAUAAAUUUAAUGAAGUUGUAAGUGCACUGAAAGAUGGGAAAUCAGAGGUGAAUAAACAGGUCAAGAACCUUGAAAUUUCUAUUGAUGCUUUAAUGGCCAAAAUUAAGUCCACUAUGAUGACAAGGGAGCAGAUACAGAGAGAAUACAAUGCACUAGUUAAAAGCUCAGAGGACCUUCUCAGUGCAUUGCAGAAGAAAAAGCAGCAGGAAGAGGAAGCCGAAAGGCUGAGGCGUAUUCAAGAAGAAAUGGAAAAGGAAAGGAAAAGACGCGAGGAAGAUGAGCAGCAUCGAAGGAAGGAAGAGGAGGAAAGGCGAAUGAAACUUGAGAUGGAAGUAAAGAGAAAACAAGAAGAAGAAGAGAGAAAGAAAAGGGAGGAUGAUGAAAAACGUAUUCAGGCAGAAGUGGAGGAACAGCUUGCCAGACAGCGGGAGGAGGAGUCCCAGCAGCAAGCAGUUCUGGAGCAGGAGCGCCGGGACCGAGAACUGGCCCUGCGGAUUGCCCAGAGUGAAGCCGAGCUUAUCAGUGAUGAGGCUCAGACCGACCCAGCCCUCCGGAGUGUGGAUUCUCUUCUGGUAACUUCUCAAAUUGAUGGAGCAAGACCCAAAAUGACACCGGAACAAAUGGCGAAAGAAAUGUCAGAAAUGUUGAGUAGAGGGCCUGCUGUGCAAGCUACCAAGGCAGCCGCUGGUUCCAAGAAGCACGAUCUUAGCAAUUGGAAAUACGCAGAACUACGUGAUACCAUCAAUACUUCAUGUGACAUUGAACUUCUGGCAGCAUGUAGAGAAGAAUUUCACAGGAGACUAAAAGUGUAUCAUGCUUGGAAAUCCAAGAACAAGAAGAGAAAUACCGAAUCAGAGCAACGAGCUCCGAAGUCUGUUACUGAUUAUGAUUUUGCAACAUUUUUGAACAAUUCACCUCAGCAGAACCCAGCGGCUCAGCUUCCUGCCAGGCAGCAGGAGAUUGAAAUGAAUCGACAGCAACGCUACUUCCGCAUCCCAUUCAUCCGCCCAGCGGACCAGUACAAAGAUCCACAAAAUAAGAAAAAAGGCUGGUGGUACGCCCAUUUUGAUGGACAGUGGAUUGCCCGGCAAAUGGAACUUCAUCCCGACAAACCACCCAUCCUUCUUGUGGCUGGUAAAGAUGACAUGGAGAUGUGUGAGUUGAAUCUCGAAGGUACAGGCCUGACUCGAAAACGUGGCGCUGAGAUUUUGCCAAGACAGUUUGAAGAGAUUUGGGAACGCUGUGGAGGCAUCGAGUACCUUCAGAAGGCCAUCGAGAGCAGACAGGCUAGGCCCACAUACGCAACAGCCAUGCUGCAGAAUCUGCUAAAGUAGAUGUCAGCUGGGAGCCCUUACCAUGGUACUAGGUAGGGUCUGUGCCCAAGAGAUUUAACCAUUCCAUGAUCAUGCUAGGCUUACUUAAUACAAAGUGAACAGAUUUUAUUAAUCAUGGCUUUUUGUUAAUUUAAGGUGGAUUAUAGUAGUGAAUUUGGGACCUAAAUUUUAUUUUCUUGUAUCCAGCUGUAACUGUUAAACCUCUCAUUUUACUAAUGUUUGUUACACUUGGACAGAUUCAGACACUCCUUAUCCUUUGCCAACAGACUGCCUUAAGUCUAUUAUAAUUCUUCUCCAGGAAAGUAAACUAAAAAGGACAAAAAAAUACCGUGCAACUGGAAUAAUGAAACCUUAAUUUAAAUUUCUUACAAAAAAUGAGGGCACUUAAAUAGAUCAAGGCACUGAUCUCAAAAGCUGUGUAUUUUCUUUACUUUUUCAGAAACACAUGGGGUUUUCUGUCGAAGGUGAAAAAUUUUAUCCCCCCUACCUUUGCAGUGUGUUUUUAGUUUGAGUAAAGCAACUUACCUAAAAUGGAAGCAUUAAAAAUAGCCUUAGUGUAUUUGAUGCAUACUCUGUGAUAAAGGUACUCAUAAUACCCUGCAGAUUGGUUUUUCUUUUCUGUGAUGUUUUGUGUUGCUCUAAAAAAGUUUUUCUUAUUUCCAUGGAUAAAUAAAUGAAAUUCACAUUCCUUAAGUGCUUAAAAGCUUUAGGAUAACUUACAUUUCAUUUAGAAAAGAAAUAGGCUUUAGGUGGAACUGUGGCUGAACUGGCUUGAACUCAAAUAAUUGUUUCAGCUUCAUCUCAAUUAUAUUUUCUUACCAGAAUCUCGUCUAAGUUGUUUCAUAUGAUUUAACUUAGUGUUCCGCUUCACACAUUUCCUUUUUGAAAAUGUUUCUAGUGUCUCUUUUUGACCUUUGAGAGUUUAGUAAUUGUAGAGUUGUUUUAUGAGCUUUGUAAUUCAGAAGCUCUUGUACUUAGUAAUGGCUUGUUUUAUGUAACUGAUAAUUAUUAAAAAAAAAAGUUUU